UACUCGUUUCUGUGACGACAUUGUCUGAACCUUGUCUCAUUGGUUCUGUCCGCUGCUCAAGCGUUUUCCCGCGCUGUAAAACGUCGCACUGAAGCUGUUGUUGCUGCUAACUAUAGCAUUAUUUUACACCGGUACCGGAGCCGUUACUUAACUGCCAGGUGAUGCCAUCCUCAGAUUAUGACCCGGCUAGUCUGCCAGAUUUACUGCCGCUGUACUACCGGCGGCUGUUCCCCUUCUCCCAGUACUACCGCUGGCUGAACUAUGGAGGAGUGCAGAAGAACUACUUUCAAAAUAGAGAGUUCUCCUUCACACUCAAAGAUGACAUCUACGUCCGCUACCAGUCGUUCACCACGCAGAACGAACUGGAGAAGGAAAUGCAGAAGAUGAACCCUUACAAGAUUGACAUUGGAGCAAUAUACAGCCACAGGCCGAAUCAACACAACACAGUGAAGUCAGGAACCUUCCAGGCGCUGGAGAAGGAGCUGGUGUUUGAUAUCGAUAUGACAGAUUAUGAUGAUGUCAGAAGCUGUUGCAGUGCUGCAGACAUUUGCUCCAAGUGCUGGACCCUGAUGACCAUCGCUAUUCAUAUCCUGGAUCGAGCUCUUCGAGAGGACUUUGGUUUCCAGCAUCUGCUGUGGGUUUAUUCUGGCAGAAGAGGAGUGCAUUGCUGGGUGUGUGAUGAAGCUGCCAGGAAGCUCUCUGUAGCCGCACGCUCUGCUAUUGCAGAAUACCUGAGCCUGGUGAAGGGUGGUGAAGAAACAGUGAAGAAAGUAGUGCUGACAGAUCCAAUUCAUCCUUCUAUUAGAGAGUCUUUGUCAGUGGUGGAGCGCUACUUUUCCCAGUACGCACUGCAUGAACAGGAGAUACUGGGCCGCAAGGAAUCUGUAGACAAAGUGCUGGCACUCGUCCCUGAAGAUGUUAGAAAAGACUUACAGCAGAGUUUCCAAAAUGAGAAGAAACCUGAGACUCGUUGGAAACUGGUCAAAGAUCAAGCCACUAGGAAGCAGGCCACUGCCAAAAAGGGCCAGCACUUUGAGAAAGAAAUCAUGCUGCAGUACUGUUAUCCACGGCUCGAUGUGAACGUCAGUAAAGGAGUGAACCAUUUGCUGAAGAGCCCCUUCAGUGUCCACCCCAAAACAGGACGCAUCUCUGUUCCCAUGGACCUCAAAGAAUUAGAUACGUUUGAUCCUUUUGCAGUUCCCACAAUCAGUAUGAUCUGUGAGGAGCUGGAUCGGCCCAGAACAGAAGAGGAGUCAGAAGACACAAAGGAGAAGGAAAACGAGAAGGAUGCAGCAGAGAAACGAAAGAUCAGAGAUUACAAAAGAACCAGUCUGGCAAAGUAUGUGAAAUACUUCGAUCAGUUUCUGGAUGGGAUGGCUCGCACAUGGAAAGGCGAACUUCUCAGAAAGAGUGAUCUCCAGAAAGAAUUCUGAACUGGAUCCACAAUCAGAGAGUGAUACACAUCUUCUGAAGUGGCACUUUUAAUAGCUCGCUAUCACUAACUGCCAUGUACUGGGGGGCUUCAUGUUGUGGUGGAAUUUUGCCAUUUUCUUGACCAACAAUAAUUUCAUCCAAAUCUGUUUGAUAAUGCUCUUAUGGGAUUCAGUAAUAAUAAAUUAAACAUGAGUAAAUCCUCUAUUUAGUGUAGGAUUUUCCUAAUACAAUGCCAAUUUUAUUAUGGUUUGUCUACUUGUUACAUUCUUCUGCUGUACAGUCAUUUAUGAAAAUAAAUUUGGUAUUUCUACUCUU